UGCACGCACAUACAUACACGCACACACACAUACACGCACACACACAUACACAAAACAGUGCCUGAGCUUGAACAGCAUGGGGAAAAUGAGCAUCACCUUUUAUGUUCUUACAGUCUUUGGAACCCUGUUGGUGCUAACAUUUGCUGAGCAAAUGAACUCAGAUGAGACUACUGUUAGCAUUACUACAGGCCCUGGAUCAGUCCCCGAGAAUGUUAAUACUAAUAUGACUAGGUCAGUGAAUGUGACUAAUGAUACUGGUGCAGAGGCCAAUGACAUGACCACAGCAGAAAACUCUCCCGUGAGCACGACUAUGUCACCAAACGAAGGAGAAACUAUGACAAAUGCAUCUGAUUCUGAGACAACAACCAUGACAAAUAAAGUCUCUACACAAGGACCAAACGUCAAACCAGAAACCACAAGAACCACACCCACAACCACAAAGAAGACACCAACCACAGCCACUCCUAGAGGAACACCAAGAAAAGCAGUGUAUGUCACUGCCUUGCUUAUUAUCAUUUUGGGUUUGGCUGUUUGUAUUGUUGUCACCAUGAUCUGCAUUAAACAGAAGGGCAGGAGGGUCUCUGUAAAUAUACAAAAGAAAAAUGAAGAUGCUCACAUUCCACUUGCUUCAGUGGAGCCAGAAAUGUGUGAAAGCUCACCUAAAGACAUGAAAACGUCAGUUGAAGAGUCUUCCCCUCCUGAGACCGUACAGAAGACUGAAGAGGAAAAAGCCUUGACUGAAGCUGAUCAGCAGGUUAAGGAAAGUCCAGAUGAGUCUCAGAGCACCGAAGCUCCUGCUGAGAAACCGGCUGAGCCAACAUUCUUGGAUGCACCUGAUGAAGAUCCAGCAGCUUCCAACCAGACCUCCGUGGAGACUCUGAAUGAUCUGCUUAAUGAGAACAACAGCAACAACAAUGCAGUUCAUGAUGUUAAUGCAUGCUUCAUUGAGAUCUGUCUUGAGAAUUAGUUCUAAGAUGAGCUGAAGCUGAAAAUGCAAUGACUGAAGAGGAAAUGUCUUACAGAACUUACAGAAAUGGAGGAAAAAGAAGGAAAGUACGCAGAAAUGAAAUAUAUACAUACUAUAUUGCCAAAAGUAUGUGGACACUUGACCAUAACAGUUUUAUGUAGUUCUUCCCCAAACCAUUGCCACAAAGUGCAGAAAUCUUUCCUGUAACUUCAUAUGCUGGAGCAUUAAGAUUUUCUUUCCUUGGAACUAAAAGACCUAAACAUGUUCCAGCAUGACAAUGCCCCUGUGCACAAAGCAAGCUCCAUAAAGCACCAAGAGAUGGUUUGCCAAAAUUGGCAUGGGAGAACUUGAGUGGCCUGCAUAAAGCUUCAACCAUAUUAUACACCUUUGUAAUAAAUUGGAAGUCCAAAUGCACACCAGUACACCCAAAUACUCAAGUGUUCACAUACCAUUGGCCCUAUUGUGUACUUGUCAGAAUUGUGUUUUGUAUCUUUUGUACAUUACUUCCAUUGAAAAAAGUACCAAGGAUUUAUUGAGAUUAGUUAAGACUUUUUGAUCUUGAAGCAAUUUGUAUUCAAGUGAGGGUUUUUUAUGAUUAUCAUAGUGUAUUUAUAUAGAGUAUGCACUUAAAUUUUAUAUUAUGGAAAUAUUCUAUACUUCAUCCAUACUCAAGAAUAGUAAUGUAUUUAUAAACAUAGCUAUUUCUUAGACUAUUGCUUCACAUGUCUUACAUGCAACAGACUGUUUGUAUUAUUAUUAUUAUUAUUAUUAUAAAUAGUAUGCUACAAUGAAAUACUUGUCUCCUUAAACUUGAGAUAAAGUAGGCUUACUUGAUCAGUACUUCUCAUUCUUCUUCACAUUGAAUACUAACCGUUUCCUUUGUUUCAAACGUUUUAUGUAUCAUUUCACUUUUAAUGCACUUUCUACAUACUGUAUGCACUUAUAGAUAAGAAAUAAAACAUGAUGUGGUGAUGUGAUGCAUUGCCACUCUGAAGUUGAUUAAAUGUCCUUUAACUGCA